GGGCGGAGCUCUCCGGCGCUGAGUGAGGUGGGGGCUGCCGGGUGAGGUUCCUCGGCGGAUCCCGGGCCCCGCGUGCACGCGUCCGCCAGCUCGCGCUCGCGGUCCUGAGCACUGCCGGGAAGGAAUAAUGCUGUCAGCAUGUCUGCGCACUCCAUGCUGUGUGAACGAAUCGCCAUAGCCAAGGAACUGAUCAAGAGAGCAGAAUCACUUUCUCGAUCAAGAAAAGGAGGCAUAGAAGGUGGUGCAAAGCUGUGCAGCAAGUUGAAGGCCGAGUUAAAAUUCCUGCAGAAAGUAGAAGCUGGCAAAGUAGCUAUUAAAGAGUCCCAUUUGCAGAGCACCAAUCUGACCCACCUGAGAGCCAUUGUGGACUCUGCAGAAAACCUAGAAGAAGUCGUUAGUGUCCUUCAUGUCUUUGGCUACACAGAUCCUCUGGGAGAAAAGCAAACCCUUGUGGUGGAUGUGGUUGCAAAUGGUGGCCAUACUUGGGUGAAAGCCAUUGGCAGAAAGGCUGAAGCUCUUCAUAACAUCUGGCUGGGCAGGGGCCAGUAUGGUGACAAAAGCAUCAUUGAGCAGGCGGAAGACUUCCUGCAAGCCAGCCACCAGCAGCCGGUGCAGUACAGCAACCCUCACAUCAUCUUUGCGUUUUACAACAGCGUCUCCAGCCCCAUGGCAGAGAAGCUGAAAGAAAUGGGCAUUUCUGUGAGAGGAGACAUAGUAGCUGUCAACUCUCUGUUGGAUCACCCAGAAGAGCUCCAUCUGAGUGAGAGUGAGUCAGAUGACGAGGGACCUGAACUUUUACAAGUGACCAGAGUAGACCGAGAAAAUAUACUUGCAAGUAUUGCGUUUCCAACAGAAAUUAAGGUGGAUGUGUGCAAAAGAGUAAAUCUGGACAUUACUACUUUAAUCACCUAUGUGUCUGCCCUUAGCUAUGGAGGUUGCCACUUUAUCUUCAAAGAAAAAGUGCUCACAGAACAAGCAGAGCAAGAGAGGAAAGAGCAGGUUCUGCCUCAGCUGGAGGCUUUUAUGAAGGGCAAGGAGUUGUUUGCUUGUGAAUCUGCCGUCAAGGAUUUUCAGUCUAUUUUAGAUACUUUAGGAGGACCUGGGGAGAGAGAGAGGGCCACUAUGCUAAUUAAGCAAAUUACUGUGGUGCCAGACCAGCCUUCUGAGCGUGCCUUGAAACUAGUGGCCAGUUCAAAAAUUAAUAGCCGCUCAUUAACAAUCUUUGGGACAGGAGACACCCUAAAAGCCAUUACAAUGACUGCCAAUAGCGGUUUUGUCAGAGCUGCCAACAACCAGGGUGUUAAAUUUAGUGUGUUCAUCCAUCAGCCCAGAGCACUUACUGAGAGUAAAGAGGCUCUAGCCACUCCUUUACCGAAACACCACACAAAUGACAGUGAACACUGCUGUCCUUGAAACAUUAUCGUGGGAAUGAGUCAUUUAUACCAAAGGCUGGGUCCUCCCAUCUAAAUUGGGAAGAAAAAGGUCUAUAGAGAAAAUAAUUCUUAAAACUCUUAAAUUAGUAGAGAUUUCUGUGUGUGUCAUCUCUGUUUAAGGGUAUAUGUCCUCAAAAAGUAAGAAAGCACAAGAGACAACAUUAUUUCUGAAACUACAUGUUAGCAAUUAAGAAGAGAGAUCCAUCUAUAUGAGGCUUUUAGUUGUGAUAUUUUUACUGGACUCAGUAGGGGUACCGUCUCCCUACUGGAAACCACAGUUCAUGGAAUAUGGCUAUACUGCAUCUUGCAUUACAUGUCUAGAGAAAACUGUGAAGGUUGUUUUUCACUGUAUUUGUUUAUCAGUUAAUAUGGGUUGAGACUGGGAGGUAGUAGUUUUAAAUUAAUUUUAGAUCCUAAAGCUAAUGGCCAUCAUUUUACUGAGUGUCAUGUGUCAGGCAGUCUGUUGGGUAUGUUUACACAAAGUUUAUAAUACAGAAAAAUGGAAAUAAAGUGAAUUUUGAAUA